AACACUUUAUCCCUCUUUUCUCAAAUAUAUUCACUUCUCUUAACAUCAUUUUAUUACCUUGGAAGUUAGAACCCUCCAUUUUCAACCAUUUUUGCUACAUUUUUCAUGCCUUAGAACACAUAAUACACCAACCAUGAGUCUCAUAAAAUGCAUAUAUCAUCACAAUUGGGCUAAAAUUUCUACAUUAGCACUAAUUUUGACAAUAAAUUGUGUCACAAAAGUCUCAUGUCAAGAUCAAAACAUACUCCCACUUCCAUCAUCAAGUUCAAUAGCAGGACAACUCUGCAUUAGUGAGUGUGGCACUUGCCCUGUCAUAUGCUCAUCAUCACCACCAUCACCACCAUCGCCGCCACCAUCAACCACCACCCCGAUACUGCCAUUGUCGCCUCUGGCUGCACCGCAGCUUCCACCACCACCACCACAUCCACAUCCACCACCCGAAACCAUCCAACCGUUUCUCCCACCACUACUGCCAUUACUUCCACCACCACCCGAACCAAAGGUGUCCCACACACCGCCUCCGCCUCCACCACCACCAACACCGUCAUCGCCAUCGAGUGGACCCCACAAAGGUGGAUAUAAUCAUCCUCCACCUAGCUCACCAGCUGCAUUUCCACUUGUGAUAAAUCCAGCUGGCCCUUCUCCUCCUGUGCCAUACUACUACUUCUAUGAGUCAAGUGCUGCAUUCUCUAUACUUCCUCUGCCAGCUUACCUUUCUGUUAUUGUAAUAUUUGCCUUCAUAUGAUGUGUCUUUUCUAAGUACUUCGUCUGAAAUACUCACACCCGAUUGUGACAUAUUUUGUGUAGAAAAAUAUCACUAUUAAUAGCAAGUAUAACUGGUACAAUUGUUACAUAUUUUAUGUAGAAAAAUGUCACUAUCAGUAGAAAGUAUAAUUAAUGGUGAAAGUAUACUAUAGACAUGUAUGUAGUUGACGUGAUUGGGAACUUUGAUCAUAGUUUUGUAUUAUUUUUCACAUUUUUUGUUUAUAGAAGUGGGAUGAAUGUGUAAUUUACUUCAUUAUGGAGCUAAUAAUUUAUUGAUUGAUGUAAUUUGCUUUCAUCAUGGUGCUUUAGAUUGUGGUGAUAGAAUGUCAAUAAUUAUUAUCCCUCCGUUCUUUUUUGAUCUUCCACGUUACU